AUGAUUGACAAUCAUGAGCUUAUCCUGGGACCAACACCACCAAAUGUGGACACAAAUCCUCUCUCGAAGCAUGGAGGGAAUAAAAUUCACAUGAUAGAAAGAGGUGAUGAAUGGGAAGAGAGCCCUGCGAUAAUUCGCUUAGAUAUUGAAGGGUUGGAAAGCACCGUCGCCUCGUUGUCCUUACAGGAGCGAAAAGAAGUGUUAGGCCCUUUAAUAAGGAAAUUUGAGAUGUCUCAGUCAUCUGCUGUAGCCAAGAAAGAGCCCUUCGUGCUCAAAUAUCCCUCAAUAAUCGUUCGAAUUCAGAACGAGCCGUUCGUACUCAAAGCAUCAGGACCAGUUGAGAAUGCACCUUUUGUGAUCAAACCACCGCACCUGAUAAUGGUCAAUAAAGGAAAAGAAAUAGCUGCUGUGGUUCAGGGUAUGACCAGUUGUGGAAGGUGUUAUGCUCCAGAAGAGCCUGUGCUCGAAAUGCCACAUCGCGAAAAUCCUCAGAAACGACCAAUCACUGAAGGCGAAGCUGAAAACUUUUGGAGGCAAAUGCCAGUCAAGGAUUAUUUGAUUAUUGAGCACCUGCAUAAGACUCCUGCCAGGAUAUCAGUAAUGUCAUUGUUACUCAAUUCGUCUCAACAUCGCUUAUCCUUAAUGAAAGCUUUGGAUGAAGCCCAAGUGCCCGCCGGCACUACAAGUGAAACAUUGGCCGAGAUUGUGAGGUAUGUUGUACGACCGCAUAGGCUAUCAUUUUCUGACGACAAAUUGCCAAGAGUGGGUAAGACCCACAAUAAGGCCUUGCACAUAACAGUCAAAUACCACGACAAGAUUAUCCCUCAAGUGUUGAUUGAUAGAGGGGCUAGGUUGAAUGUAUGCCCCGUGACGAUGUUGAAACAACUUGGGUAUUAUGUUGGCAAAAUCCGCCAGAGUCGAACAAAUGUAAAAGCUUAUGAUGGCGCAACCACUGACCCAAUUGGAGAAAUAGAUCUACACAUACAAAUGGGUCCCGUAGAGUUCGUGGUGGAGUUCGUCAUCAUGGAUAUCAAAAUGAGCUACAACCUAUUAUUGGGACGACCAUGGUUGCACACCGCUGGAGUCGUAGCAUCUUCAUUGCACCAGUCUCUCAAAUUCGUACGGGAUGAUCAAAAAGUUGUGAUUAAUGGCAAAGGAAGUAUUCACAACUAUCCAGACAAUUUUGUACCAGUCAUAGAGAAGUCACCAGUUGGUACUGAUUUUCACACUGUUGAAUUAGCCAUGAUAGAUCACAGGGAAGAUGAUGAAGAUAUCCCCAAGCCACCGGUCUACAAAAUAGUUGCUACGACUAUGAUAAGAAGUGGGUUUGAGCCUGGUUCUGGGAAGGAACUUACAAGGAAUCAAAGAACCAGUGAGUAUCCAGAAUGGGAAAUAUCGAUUUGGGGUCGGAUACGAGCCAUGUGA